CGGAUGGAAGGGAUCCGACCACGCUGUUUCCUGCCUCGUAUUUCGCUCUUUUCGUUCCGCUGUUUCGUCAGCGACGAUACAGGGAAGAAGGGAAGAAUCGAACAGCGCUCGACCAGCCUAUCCGAUCGAAGCGGCGUGUGUUGGUGUGUCUGUCAAAGGAGCGAUGCCAAAGGAGGGGUUGGAAAGGGCCAAUGUGGUGUUGUGUCCGUCCGGUUGCAAGGGGAUAGUUUUCGGAAAGUUUUCCAACAGCUCAUCGUACGAAACCGUCCUUCAGUCCUUACCGUACCGUCCUUCCGAGAGUAUCGACGUAUUCGUCGGUGUCGUCGACCGUCUUCUUAGGCACUUUGCGUUUGACUGUGUUUUUAUCCUAUCCUUCCACACCUUCCCUGAAACCCUUUCACCUGCGUUCGUGCUUCUACUAUAUCGAUUUUUGGUUGCGUCAGUGUUAACUCUGCCUGGUGUUGUGUUUUGGAACAAGUGUUUAAUUCGUUUGCGAAAUAUGCAAUGAUGUGCAAGGGCAAAUCGGAAGCAAAUGGAAUAAGCGGCAUUCGCCACCGUACCCUCUAACACCAUGCCCUUGAUGCGAAGGUACAGCGAUCAAAGCGGCACACUGACAUGUUACUGUCCGAUCUACGCCAAAGUGCAGCGGAGAGUGCAUGUGGUGCAAGUGCAAUCGGUGCAAACAGGAAGCUAUAGCUAUACAAGUGAUCGCAAAGUGUUUGCGGAACCCCAGGUGCCUUCGUACGGUGGAGCAUUACAAUUGUACAGGAUGCGAUCCGCUGAUCGAUUAAUGGAAGUGAAAGCGAGUGAAUUAUGAUACUUACUGGUCGGUUGACUUCCGAUGUGUACGUGGUUUAUGGGUGGUGCUAUUUGCUGGAUUAAGCUGAUUUCUCGCAUGUUCGUUUUGCGCAUUAAAUAUGCUGUCUAUGUUAAGAAGGAGCGACUGAAUGCCAUUCCAUUUUGUGUUGUUUCUUGUUUGAGUAGUUAAGUUAUUUGUUUGUGUGGUUUGCGGUGGCUCACUAGUACUCGUGCGUUUUGGAUGGUUCACACGGAAGAGCACAGUAACGCGUUCACUCUGGAGUUCAAUCAAAUACACGAAGGUGGAGCCAUGUAUAUAUCAUGUGGGAGUACGGAUAGUACUCCCAUGGAGCCGGAAACGGGCUAUGUCCCGAACAAUCCCCUCUUCGGGAUGCCCCUCGACAGUCCACAGGAAUGUCCAUCGUCCUGUGGUGGUAGUGGCUGUUCCAGCUGUCAGGAGAACACAGCAUCGUUGCCCCUUGCGGGAUUGCACGGAUCGGAUUUCAGCGACUGCGGAAACUGUCUCGACCACAGCGGUGUACUGAGCUCACAAAGCAACCUUGGCAGCUACUGGAGCGAGGACAUGAGCACAUUUCCCGGCCUGCCUCCGCUGGACAUCGAUCCACUACCGAGCUUGUUUCCCUUUUCUCCCUGUGGUGCUUCCUACAAUAGACCGGAGCGACCGACGCAUGACGUUGCGGACGUGUUGCUGUCGCUGAAGCACGCCGUUCUGAAGCAGAGCCCAGACCCGCCACCGAUCGGUCAGGGGCAGAUUUACCACCCGCAGGCCUCCCUCUCGUACACCGUCCAUCCGCAGAUGCUGCUGUCGCCGGCCAGUCACCAUGGGCACGGAUCGCAUGCGCACUACAACCAGAUGCCAUCGCAGACGGGUGGCCCCUACAGCACCAACUAUUACGACUCGUCCUGCGCACAACACUCCGCUCCCCCGAUGUAUCCCAGCAUGAGCGUCAACGUCAGCAUGAACAUGACAAUGCACGGGUACGGUGCGGAAGCGUCCGUCCCCAUGCAGUGCUCCCAGAUGCAGUGGGGAGCGCAGAAUGCCGCCUCGUCCGUGAACGUGCUCUAUCCGCCACUGCUCAGCCCGGUGCCGUACCCUCCCGGCACGACCUACUCUUUUACUGCGGACUUUCGCCCGCAAAGUCAGCCUCCCCCUCCGCCUCCCUCCGGAGGCUCGCUGUCUCCGCUGGCGCACGAUUCGUCACGCAGCUCUUCCACAAUGACUCCCAGAAACAGGUUCUGCCGCAAGCGCAAGCGCAACAUCUCCAACAGCACCAGCAACAGCAACAAACGCUUCAGCAACAGCAGCAACAGCAGCAGCAGCAGCAUCAGCAACAGCAGCUCCAGCAGCAUCAGUAUUACCAACAUGCACACCAUGCUCACCAUCAUCCCCAGCAGCACCAACAGCAGCAGCAGCAGCAUCAUCAUCACCACCACCAUCACCACUCACAGUCGGGUUCGGCGGCCGUAUCGCCCAACGCCGACUGCACACCACCUAAAGAGCACCACCCCGCCCGACUUUGGCACCGUCGUGGACCAUCAGUCCACGCCGCCAACAACCACCACCUCGGCUGCGGCAGUUGCUGUGGCGGCGGCAUCCGCCGUGGGAUUCGCGGCCGCCCUCAAGAUGAAGGCCGAAAGCCGUGUGCUUGGUCUGGGCUUUGCGGACACCGUAGACCAGCGGACAGCGGCCAUUGGCGAGGACGACGAAGAGGAGGACGGCAGUGGCAGUGGCAGUGACGGUGCGGCAGGCGGUGACAGCAAGCCAAAUCUCUGCCGACUCUGCGGCAAGACGUACGCAAGGCCCAGCACGCUCAAGACGCACCUGCGCACACACUCGGGCGAACGGCCGUACCGUUGCCCGGACUGCAACAAGAGCUUCUCGCAGGCGGCCAACCUGACCGCACACGUCCGCACGCACACGGGCCAGAAACCGUUCCGGUGUCCCAUUUGUGAUAGGCGCUUCUCACAAAGCUCCAGUGUUACGACGCACAUGCGAACGCACUCUGGCGAACGGCCGUACCGGUGCCGGGCGUGCAAGAAGGCGUUCUCGGACAGUUCCACGCUGACGAAGCAUCUGAGGAUACACAGCGGCGAAAAACCGUACCAAUGCAAACUUUGUCUACUAAGAUUUUCACAAUCCGGCAACCUGAACCGUCAUAUGCGCGUUCACGGCAACAACGGGCAAGCGCUGAUUACUUGACACCAAAAAACGUCGCAACUUUCGUCUGCAUCGUCCGUCGGUCACGGCAGUCUUCUGCCAGCACACUACCACCGUCAUCCGUACCAGUCCUAUCAGCAUCACCAAUACCAGCAGCAACAGCACCAGCAACAGCACCAGCACUAUCAGCAGCAGCAACAGCACCAGCAGCAGCAACACCAACUCGCCGAAUCCGUUUCAACGGGACACCAUCUUGCCGCCCACUCGGCGGCGGCCACGGCAGCGGCAGCACAGUACUUUUACAACCAAAAUGCAGGCACCUUCCACCACCAUCACCAUCACUACAAUCGCGCCUGCACUUCGAUUGCUGCCAGCUCGGCUGUGUCCAGUGCUGCCAGCCAGAGCAGUUCCGGCACGACCACCGCACAUCCGUUCAAGUCACUUCCGACGGCAACACAGCUGUCCUACUUCGAGGAGUACCACCACUUCCAACAGCAGCAGCAGCAGCGCACUAAAUACGAGGACAACUUGACGUUGUUCGGGAGGAAUAAUUUUGUGAAUAUAUUUUAACUGGAUUUCGUUAGAACAGGAGAAACAAAUUAAGGGCAAACGCGAAACAGUCCAAUGCGAAACCACACUCUGGUUGUACGAUCAUUGGUUGCUAUGGUGACAAGCCUUUUGUUCGCAAUUUAAACACCCCCCCCCCUACCCAACGCCGUGAGAUCUAGUCAUCCAACCCGGAGGCCUGUGUAGUGUUAGGCACUGACAAAAAUCAGGACGAUUCCCAGCUUUGCUCUUAAAAUGAUAUCGUUGUAAUACGAUUGAUAUUGAAAUACAAAACGGCACAGACACUUCUCGGACGCGGCAGGAGACGGAAGUAGGAAUAUUAAUAAAAACGAACAAAGAACGCAUACUUACUAUACUUAGCAUUUAAUUAGAAACUAAGCUCAGUUCUGAAGUCUGUUUUGUUGCAUCAUUCCGAGAAUACUCAAAGACAGAUGCGCUGCAUCAUGCAUCCACAACAGCAGUUACACGUGUAAUCGUAGCUCGAUUAACAGGUGCAUACAAAUCCGUGCAAGCACUAAGAUUGAGGAGAAGCAGAAAUGUAAGUAACAUUUCUACAACAAAGAUUAUUAUUAAAUAAAACAAAAGUGUACAACCACCAUGUACAAAUCGUA